AUGGCAGACGCGGGUAAAAAAGUAUCGAGGAAAGAUGCUAAAAAAGCAAAAGCGAAAGCUGAUUAUGAUAAACAAAUUUUGUCGAUGGGAGGAGUUGUCGAUUCUCUACCCGAAGUUGAUGAAGAUCAUCAUCAUGGUGAGUGAAAAUAUACAUAGAAAUCUUAAUUGAAGCAUAAAAAUUAUAGAAGGUGGUGGAAUUGGAUCCGGUGCCGAAUUGGGACAACAUUUCACUGUCUCACAAGCUUCGAAAACUACUCAGCAGUUAGCGCAAAUCGAGAAUAGCAUGGAUAUUAAAAUUGAAAAUUUUGAUAUCGCUGCUCAAGGAAAAUUAUUGUUCGACAAAGCUGAUUUAACAAUUGUUUAUGGUCGAAGAUACGGUCUUGUUGGUCCCAACGGAAUGGGAAAAACAACACUUUUGAAACAUAUUGCUGCUCGGAAGCUUGCGAUUCCAUCUCAUAUCGAUCUUCUUUAUUGUGAACAAGAAAUUCAAGUGGACAGCACUUCAGCUAUUGAUACAGUUGUAAAAUCAGACAAAAAACGAUUAGCUCUUAUUGAUGAAGAAGCAAAACUCACAGCACAGUUAGAAGAAGGAGAUACAGGUGUUACUGAACGAUUAAAAGAAGUUGGCGACGAGUUACGUGAUAUUGGAGCUGAUGCAGCUGAGCCAAAAGCUCGUCGAAUUUUGGCUGGUUUAGGUUUUUCAAAAGAGAUGCAAGAGAAACCAUGUACCGAUUUUUCUGGAGGAUGGCGAAUGAGAAUUUCGCUUGCUCGAGCUCUAUUUUUAGAACCAACACUUUUAAUGUUAGAUGAACCUACAAAUCAUUUAGAUUUGAAUGCGGUUAUUUGGCUUGAUAAGUAAGAUUUUCCUUUUGUUUUUUAUCAAACUAAUAUUGAAAAUUGAACAUUUUAGCUAUCUUCAAACAUGGAAAAAGACUCUUCUCAUCGUUUCUCACGACCAAGGGUUUUUAGACAGUGUCUGUAGUGAUAUUCUUCAUUUGGAUAACAAAAAAUUAUACGAGUACCGUGGAAAUUAUAGUAAGUUGUUUUAGAAAAAAAAGUUUUCAUCCAUAUUGAUAAUCUUUCAGCAUUAUUCAAAAAGAUGUACGUUCAAAAACUUCAAGUUCAUAUCAAAGCUUUUGAUCAACAACAAAAACAAUUGAAAGCGAUGAAAAAAGAAGGUAAAAGUUCGAAACAAGCUGAAGAGCAGAUGAAAACACAAAUAGCAAACAAAGCGAAAAAAGGAGCUGGAAAACAGAAGACAACAGCAUCUGCAAUGGGAGAUGAAAAUGAUGGUCCACCAGCUGAACUUCUUCAAAAAAUCAAAGAAUAUCAAGUGAAAUUUGUUUUCCCGGAAACAUCGAAACUCAGUCCUCCAGUUCUUGGUUUACACAGUGUUACAUUUGGUUAUGGAAAUGAUAUUUUGUUUGAUAAUAUUGAUUUUGGUGUUGAUAUGGAUUCAAGAAUUGCAAUUGUUGGACCAAAUGGUGUUGGUAAAUCAACACUUUUGAAAUUGCUCAUAGGAAAAAUUGAGCCAAAUAAGGGAGAAUUGAGAAAACAUCGAUCUUUGAGAAUUGGAUGGUUUGAUCAACAUUCGAAUGAAGCAUUGAAUGGUGAACAAACACCUGUUGAAUUCCUUUGUGUUAAAUUCAAUAUCGAUUAUCAAGUAAGUUUGUGAGAAAAUUAAAAUUCCCUGGUUUUUCUGGAAAUAAUUUAACGAUGAUUUCUGAAUUGCCACGUCAGAUUUCACGUUUCAAUAAAAAAUAUUAAUGACUUUUUUUUCUAUUUAUCACUAAUUUUCGAUAAAUCCUUAUCCUUGUUUUUUUUCCAGGAAGCUCGUAAACAACUUGGAACAACAGGUCUUGCCGCCCAUGCACACACUGUUAAAAUCAAGGAUCUUUCCGGAGGUCAAAAAUCAAGAGUUGCUCUAUGUGAUCUUGCUCUUGGAAGUCCUGAUAUCAUUAUUCUUGAUGAACCCACAAAUAAUUUGGAUAUCGAAUCGAUUGAUGCAUUGGCUCAAGCUAUUGAAGAAUUUGAUGGUGGUGUUUUAAUGGUGACUCACGACGAAAGACUUGUUCGUGCUACAAAUUGCUCUCUUUGGAUUGUUGAAAAUAAGGCAAGCAUAACAUGAGUGAAUUUUUUCCAAAAAAAAAAUGUUUGAUUUUCAGACUGUUGCUGAAAUUGAUGGUGACUUUGAUGAUUACAAAAAGGAAGUUCUCGAAGCUCUUGGUGAAUCUUUGGUUAACAAAUAA